AGCUCACAGUUUUAUUCACCUCAGCCCAUUUUUUCCAUCAAAUCCAAACUAUUCUCUCCAAAACUCCACAUACCCGUGUAAAAUUCCCACAUUUUAGUCAUCAAUCGUCCGCCAAUUCGUGAAAAAGCUGGAGAUUAUGCGAGGACUGGGUGGAAUCCUCAGGUGCUUCCAGCAGUUUCAGUGUCAAAUAUCGAGCAAAACAAAAAUAAUAUAAAUCUUCAGCGGUGAUGGAUUUGCUUGUUCGCCUGUUAAAUUUUUAGAAUAAAAAGUCCAUCUGCAGUUGAAAAUAUUAAUUCGAUUCUUGUCGACAGAUCGUCAAUUAAAAGGGGGAAAAAUCUUAUUGUUCUGUCAGAAGAAUGCGACCAGCUUUGUUCUCUCUGAUAAGGAAUAAGUGAGGUAAAAGUGUUCUUCCGAGGGAAAAAUAGCCCGGCGAGCGACGAGGCCCCGGGAUUCGAGCAACAGAAGGAGAGCACGGACUCGAUGCCGGAGGCCUCGAGUUCAGGUGUCGGCCCAGACGUCAUGGGGGUGGCAGAUGAACCCGAUUACUCGACUUUUGAGAACAGAUCAGGUCUCGCUGAGGACAUGAAGUUCCUCGCAAGCAUGCCUGAACUCUGCGACGUGACCUUCCUCGUCGGGGACACCAGGGAGCCUGUCUGCGCCGUCAAGGCCGUACUGGCGGCAAGAAGCAGAGUCUUCCACAAGAUGCUCUAUCAAGCCCCUAGCCCUCAACGCAAAAAAGAGCCUCCACCCCGGGAGAAGCUGAGAUUUUUCCUGAAAAGAAGCUCUGAGCCUCUCCUCAAUCUCCAGAAUACCGCGCAACAGCGUUCAGGGUUCACGCAGCAGUUGGCUCCCAUCCAAGAGCCACAAGCUAAUCAGCACCACACCCUCAUCAUCGAGGAGUUUGAACCGGAUGUUUUUCGCCAGCUCAUCGAGUAUAUUCACACGGGUUGUGUCACCCUCCAGCCGAGAACCUUAUUAGGAGUGAUGAAUGCCGCUGAUUAUUACGGAUUGGACGAACUGAGAAAAGCCUGCGCCGGUUUUGUCCAGUGCUGCAUCACGGUGGACACUGUCUGCGCACUUCUGGCAUCUGCCGAAAGAUAUAUUCAGUAUAAAUGCACUAAAUCACUUGUUCAGAAGGUUUUGGAGUUUGUCGAUGAACACGGCAACGAGGUACUCAAUUUAGGAUCUUUCACGUUACUUCCUCAGCAUGUGGUAAGACUCAUCCUGGCGAGAGAAGAAUUACGUGCCGAUGAAUUCACGAAAUUUGAGGCUGCAUUAAUGUGGAGCAAAAAAUAUUGCGACAGCAACCCGACGAUUCCUCUAGAGGAGGUAAUCGGCAAUUUCUUAGAAUACAUUCAAUUUCACAAGAUCCCAGCAAAUAUUUUGAUGCGUGAAGUUAAACCACUGGGACUGGUGCCAUUACCCAUUAUCCUGAACUCGCUGGCCUAUCAGGCAGACCCCACCAGUGUCGACCCAGGGAAACUCUCUCCCCACCGAGUGAGGAGACAGGGUCGCAGUAUGUCAGUGCAAUCAUCAUUGGAUCCAUGCGGUAGUAACACGACAUUGAGCUCGUGCGGAAGUUCCGACCAGAAACAGCACUCUGGUAGCAACUAACCUAUGGCCCCGGCCGCCCUGUUGGCGGCCGCUGCCGACGUUACACCUACGGAAACACCGCCGAGGAGCGUCGCGACGCCGGAUCUCCGAGUCAUCGUCCAUACACCAGCUGUAACUCCACCGGGUAGCUAUCAUUCUCAUCAAGAUGAUGAGGCCAAUGGGGAGCAUCAAACCACUGCUGAUGUCCAUCUGGAGAGCAUUGAACAGGCCAUUGAGCCCCUCGAUAAGAACAGUGGCCUCUACAUUCGCCUCGUUUUCAGGCAAGAGGGACGACCCGAUAUCGUUUGGUUUUACAAAACUCAUAAAUUUUAGGCGUCAAUAUUACGUCAAAUUUUUUCAACUGAUACCAUUUUUUAUCUAGUCUACUGCCAGGAGGGGUCUUCUAUGAUAUUUACAUUUUAUUCGUUGAAGUUUCGAGCUUUAAUUCGAAUUACGUUCAUUUUAAACAUUAUGAUAUUGUCAUUAUAUUGUUCGUUUUAUUGUUUUAAAUUGCAACUCUUUACUUUUUUACCUUCACGUGAGUUGACUAUUUUUUUUUCAUUAAAAUGUUCAUGUAAACGAUAUAUUUAUGGAAUUCAAUGAUAUAUUUCUGACAACUGAGGCUGGACGUUCGUUUUUAAAAUGAUUUUAGCGCAAUUUAAUGGAGGGAUUUGAUAAUCAAAAGUAUGUGAAGGGUGAAUUUCUGAAUUAUGAAAAAUGUCCAAAAAUGUUCCCGAGAAUGAGGAGAAUUACGGGGAUUCCCCACUGCAUUCUGGUUAAUCAAUCGACCCUCCAAAGUUAAAAAAUUAAUACCAAUCAAACGAUUAGAUCUCUCAUGAGAUAAAAAACGUGCGUUCGUCCUCGAGUGUUCCAAAUCAAUCACGACAUAUCGAAUCGAGGCAUUUUGAUGAAUAUCAGUGAACCGGAAUGACUCGAACAAAACAAACUCUAUAUUUGAUACUGCGCACGGUGAAAACCUGAAACAAAGCCGAAACAUUUUAUUCACCCGAGCGUGUGUUCGCAUUAUCGGGUAACAGUCAUUUCAUAAUCGACAAUUACAGGUAUCGAUGAUGAUGGUGACAUUAUUCAUCGCACUUAUCGAUCCAUUCCUUUGUGAUAGUUUGUUAUUUGUGUUUUGAAUUAUAUCAACUGUUGAGAAUUUCGAGAAUUUAAGAGGAUCAUUGGAAUACAGAGUCAUUCAGUCCGUUCUACCGUAUAAUUAACCUUUAGGAUAAUAGAUGUUCAUUUAACGUUAUAUUAAUAGUUAAUUAUAAUUGCACAAAACAUCGAACACAGCCAUUAAUUCAUGAAUUAUCGCAGAAAUCGUUUCAUCCGUUUUAACGAAUACACUACAAUUAAUGCAAUAAAAGUAUUAAUAAUCGUUGAAUAUUUGAAAGCAGCGGAGAGUGACGUACACCGCAACGACGCAAUUGCAACUUUUUUUUUCAUUGUAACAAUCUCUUCAUUUCAAAUGAAUUUUUCUUACAAAUCAAUUGUAGAACUUCGUUGCCAAUUAUAAUUAAUUGCCGUAUAAUUAAUUACGCUAUGCAAAUUUAUUACAGUUUUUGAAUAAAAGUUCCAUCGAAUACUCCAUUGUUUGAUAAAAAACAACUCAAAAGUUCAGGCAAAUUGGAAGUUCAAAAUUUUGAGAACAAUUUUUCGAAAAUCGACUCAAAGAAUAUAUUGAAUAUCGAUUGCAACAUAACUCGAUAAAAAACUGUCGCUGGGAAAUUCGUCACAUCUCCAAAGCCCAAUGAAAAUACUAAAAAUAAUCUAAAAAGAGAUGUAAAAACCAAGAAAGUUGCUACCCGAGUUAACAAUUGCGACGCAUUAUUGUUAUUCACAAUGAUAAAAAAGGAACUCAUAGAAAGUAUUCUUUUACAACUCGAAAUAAAUGCCAGUAAUCUGAAGGUAAUACCGAGGAUCACGUUGUGAGUAGAUGUUCAUAGUGUACGUAUAGAAAUCAAAUUUCAUCAUCACAAUCAUCCUGGGGCGUCGUCUCGCCAAUCAUCACGAAAAUUGUAUUCGUUUUAUUCUAUUCGUCAAGUUCACUGAAUACUGCGAUCUUGAAACGCUAAUGGUUAAAUAAAUCCGCGGACGCCCUUUGACAACAAUCCUACCUCAAUAUUUUCAGUAUAUGCCCGAGUACUUGGGAACCCGUAAUUAAUCUGUCAUUUUAUUAUUUGAGAUGCAACAAUUCGCCAUGAAUCCAUAUUCAUUUUUUUCUUAAAUGAAUAGUACUUCUUGCUGCAUAGAAAUUCUCAAAUAUAAAAAAGUGUUUGAAUCGUUUUUUUUUUGCUUUAUUCAGUCCAUUUUCCUUUGGGAUUCCCCAAUAAAUUUUUGGUUUUGUAGUUUCGUUUAUUUUGCUCACAAAUUUAUGGUUUCUAUCACAGAAGUUGAAAAAAAUGCUGCAAGAGGAAAACUCCUAUAACUUCAUAAAUGCAGAUAUAAAAAAAAGUUUUUUAAUCUCCAGGAUAUCGUCCGAUUAUUGAAAUUCAGUCCUCGACUGAAGCCCAAGUGUCGAACAUAUUUCGCCUUUAAGGUGGUUGUCGCGCGACAGUCUCUGUAAAAAGUUUAUCCGCUGUAAAACGGGCCAGUUUAGAACA